AUGGGCGCUAACGUUAUCGCUAUCGCUGGAGGCGCCUGGUCAGCUUUGUACGGAGUACGGAGAGUGGACUGGUAUUACUACCUAGCUUUCCACCCUCUGCAAUCUCCAUCCUGGACAUACAACUUCACCAUCAAUCCCCGCAACAUCGGUCCAAUCCUCAAUAUCCAACCGCACACGCGGCUAAUCACAAUGGGCGGUCUAAACCUAGAGGUGUUCAAGUUUGGCAUGUAUGUCAUGUUUCCCAUCGGCAUCAUGUACUACUUCGGCACGAAUCUCGAUGAUCGCUUCUCGGUACCGAAUUUCUGGCCGAGACCCGAAGAGUGCAAUAAGCUUCCGCGCGACAGGGACGAAGUCAAGGCCGAGUAUGAACGUAUUGUUGCGCGACAGAGGUUUCGACAGGCCCAGCUUCAGGAAGAGCAGCGUCAACGGGCUUUGUUACAGGGAAACCGGAAUAACGGAAGCGACUCUUGA